AUGGUCUCCGCAAUAGGCGUCUCGAAACGUUUGUCACGGGAAUCUAAAGCUCUCGACAUCACAGAACGUUAUCAGAUGAGUGAAAAGCUUAUCAAUGAAGAGUUUAAGAUAUGGAAAAAGACUUCUCCAAUGCUCUAUGACAUCAUCUACACCUAUUCGUGUAAGUGGCCCAGUUUAACUGUUCAAUGGUUGAGCGAUGUGACUACUGAAGCCGUCACUACUACCAAGGACGCCGUUGAAGAGGUGCUUAAGGCCAAGUUUCUUCUUGGAACUAGCACAACGGGUGGUGCACAGAACUAUCUAAAGCUUUUCUCGGUGGAUUUACCGCCAACAUUGUCCAAAACGACUAAUGAAAGCCUAGCUGUGUCGAAAUUAACACCUCUCAAGGAUUCUAGCAACAGGCUCAACUUACUAAGGCAAUGGAGACAUCCUGGUGAGAUCAACAAAGCUCGUAUUGACGAAAACGCCGGCUUGAUUGCUACCCAGACGAAUUGUGGUGACAUUUUAGUAUACGAUUACAAAAGUUUGGAUUCUUCUGAAGCUCCAAUUCAUACUUUAAAGUAUCAUACUAAGGAAGGUUUUGGUCUUGAAUGGAAUCCGAUCAUUGCUGGCAGGCUUAUAUCUGGAAAUGAGGACGGAAAGAUUGCGUUGUGGGAUUUAUCCUCAAGGCCUGCAGACAAAGUUUUAAAACCGGCAAGGACAUUUUCCACUCAUACUGGUAUCGUCAAUGACCUAUCGUGGAAUGGUGUGUGUAGUGAGUUGUUUGCUUCUGUCAGCGACGAUGGAAGCUUACAAAUUCAUGAUUUGAGAGCAAAGGAAGGAGAGUUAGCCAUCAAAGUAGAGAAGGCUCACGGAGGAGCAGCUAUCAAUGCGGUCGAAUUCCAUCCCACGAUAUCCUCAUUGGUUGCAACGGGUUCCACAGAUAACUUCGUUCAAUGUUGGGACUUACGAGACUAUUCGAAGCCAAUUAGACGACUUUACGGACAUGCUGGACCUAUUCUCAACAUGAAGUUUAACAACAACUUGCUUCUGUCGACUUCAGUUGAUCGUAGAGUACUUGUUUGGGACUUGAAUAGAAUACAAGAAGGAGAGUUCGAUUUGAAGGAGUAUGAGAAGAAGAAUACUGAGUACACCGAUCCUUGUUUAGUGUUUAUGCAUGGUGGUCAUACAGGAAGGCUUUGCGAGGCAGAUUGGCAUCCAGCCUUGAAUAAUGUGGUAAUUAGUUGCGCAGAGGAUAGCUUGGUUGAAAUUUGGAGGCCUCUUCAUUUGGAAGAUUCUUUUGACAAUGAGGAAACUGACGUAGAAAAGGUGAAGAAACAGGAUGGAGAUAAAGAGAAGACACAGGAUGGAGAUAAAGAGAAGACACAGGAUGGAGAAAAAGAUAAAGGACAAGAUGGAGAAAAAGGCGAGGACAAAGGGGUCUCGAAUGGGUCCAGAGGAAUCAAAGACGAGUUCAAGGAGUCUACGGAUGCACCUAAAGAACAAAAUGGAACCAGCGGUACUCAUACUACCGACGAUGAUGACAUAAAUAUGAAUUAG